AUGUCGGCAAUUUACACAUGUAAUUCAUGCUCUAUUGCAUUCCAGACUAGUCAAAAUCAAAGAGAUCAUAUGAAAACAGAAUGGCAUCGUUAUAAUUUGAAAAGACGUGUAGCUCAACUACCUGCAAUCUCUGAACAAGUCUUUAAUUCAAAAGUUAAUAGUUUGAGUAAAGAUGAAGUUCAAGAAGAUCAAAAGAAGAAGAAAGAUGAUAAAAGACAAAUGACUAAAAAAGAUCUUAGACGUAAAGAAAAAGAAGCUCUCUUGGAGAAAAAAAAGAAACUGUUAGCUUUAGCUAAGGAAAGUAUGUUGAAGAAUAUUGCUUUACAACAAAAUUCUAACUCUGAGAUGUCUGCUCCUAAACCAGAAGCAGUAGAGACAGUAUCAGAAAACGAAACAGUCACUGCUGAGAAAGAACAAAAUAACAAAGCACAAGUUAUUCCUGAACACGUCCACGAAGAAGAACUUACUGAAGAAGAAUUAGCAGAAAGAUUAAUGAAACAAAAAUUAGAAUCUCAAGUGGAAAUUAACCCAGAGACAUGUUUAUUCUGUACGAACAAGACAUUCCCAGAUUUUGAAAGUAAUUUGGAACAUAUGUUUAAGACUCAUGGUUUUUAUAUACCUGAACAGAAAUUUUUAACAGAUAAAAAGGGUUUAGUGAAAUAUAUGAGUGAAAAGAUUGGUUUAGGUAACGUUUGCAUUGUUUGUAAUUAUCAAGGUAGAUCUUUACCUGCGGUUAGAGCUCAUAUGUUAGCUAAGAGACAUUGUAAAAUACCUUAUGAAUCCGAAAAUGAAAGACUAGAAAUAUCAGAAUUUUAUGAUUUCACAUCAUCUUACCAAGAUUCUAAAACAGCUACAUCAAAUGUACAUGAAAAUACAGGUAAUGAUAACGAAGAUGACUGGGAAGAUGUUUCAAGUGAUGAAGAAAAUGGUACAGAAGGGGUAGCCACAGAAGAAGGUGAUCAAGAAGACGAUAUACCUGAGGAGUAUCUAUAUAAUGAUGGUGUUCAAUUACAUCUACCAACUGGUGUAAAAAUUGGUCACAGAUCAUUGCAACGUUAUUUCAAACAAAAUCUGAAACCUGAGAAAGAACUUACUGAAGGUCAAGGUACAUUGGUUGCUGCGGAAACAAGAACUUUCUUGCCAGCAUUCGACAAGAAACAAUACCAAGUUCGCCAAAGAGUAUGGCAAACAGAAAACAAAGACAAGAAGAGAGAAGACAAAAGAGCUGCAAAGUUUGUCAACAACCAACCCUACUACAGAGAUCAAUUACUACAAUAA